GAUGGGGAAGAGGAAAUUAGUGAUAAAGAGGUUGGAAACACUGAAGGAAAGACAUGCAAAAUUCUCAAAGAGGAAAAAAGGAAUUCUGAACAAGGCAAAGGAGUUUUCUGUUAUCUGCGAUAUUGAUUUAGCUCUCGUCAUGUUCUCUCCAUCUGACAAACCCGUCACUUAUUUUGCUCAUGACAAGGAUCUCGGCUACUUUGUGGAGAAGAUGGAGAAAACAAGUGCCCGUGAUCUUGAAGAAAGGAGGGAGUCUACUAAUAAGUUGCUGAAAAAGAUUUUCCAGAAAAAUGUGGAAGCUGAGGUGGAUGUAAGAAGUUUCUCUGCAGACGGGGAUGAUACUGUCAAGGUGCAGGAGGCUCAGUUGGAGGAGAUGAAGAACAGGCUUGACGAGAGGAGAAAAGCACUGGAGGAUUUUAAAAAUCCAAGAAACGUUCAGGAUUUGAACCAAAUCAAAAGCAUGAAGGAACACCUGAUUACAUCUCUUGAGAGGAUACAAAAGAAGAAGAACCGACUCCUGGGGAAGUAUCAAAUGGAACGAGUAAUCAAUGCCAGCUCCGGGCCAGGAGCUGUAAACUUGGCACAUGGGACCUUUGGAGACAAGAACUAGAACUAUCAUGAUGGCUCUUUUACAUUGUUCUUGUUUAAAUUAAGAACUGCAACUCUCUUUUAAAAGUUUCAAUUAGGAAUUCCAUUCUGCUUUAUAAAUACUUUAUAUAUCAGUAAUUAACUAAUGAAGAAACAUAUGUAAUUAGAAGGAUGUGAUUGUUGAGAUUUUGAGAUCCAGUGGUAG